GUCACGGCCUACUCGAGCAUCAGUCCAAGAUGCCUCCCUCAUCUGCCAGGACGGUGCUUUCGUCGUCCAUCCGCAGCCAGUCAUGCGUAACUGGCGCCCGCCGCACCUUCACUUCCACCCCAGCAGCGCUUCAAGCUGGUGUCGGCCCCGAAUCGCCCAAAUACAUCGACGUGCCUCAAGCGCCGCAGCGUACUGCUGAUUGGUCGCCGGUGGUUAAGGGUGCUCUGCCCGUCCCUCGCAACAUCUUCAUCAACCGGAGCGAAUUGCCCAAAGACUCGCCUGAAUUCCUCGAGGCCGCUACCCCAGAACCGACCAAGACAACCGCUGCAAGAGGAGUCGACGCGCCGCGCAUUGCUUACAGACAGCGCUUGGCAUCGCUGCGCAGGCACCACUACCGCGAAAGUGUGUUACGUCUCCGCGAGCGAAAGACAAAGGCGGAUACAUACCUUGCCAGGCGUGGUGCUGCGCGACAAGCGGAACAGAGGGAGCUUGUCAGUCUGCCGGAGCGCGAGGAUGAGCGUCUUACCAACCCCAGCAUCACGCAAAGUGUGCGCGAUAUCCUCAGCGGCAAGCAGGCCUCUUUGACCGAGGCCGACAUCCAAGCUAAGAAAGAGAACAUUCGAGUACGGGAGGCCGUAAAGGCGCUUCACAGAAAGGACCAGCUCCACACGCUCUACAUGCAUGCGAGAUCUUUUAUCGUUACGGAAGAGCAAUUCGACAAGACCCUUGAGGAAGUCUUCGGCACUGAAGAGAAGCCUGCCAGCUUCAGCCGCUACGCCGAACACCAGGGACGCAGCAUCUGGGCCAGGGAUAGACCUAUGAACACCGCAGAAAUGCUCGACGAAAGCCAGGGGAGGGGUCGUGCUGCACUCUCGCGAACAGAAGGCUUUGUUCACACGACACGUGAUCGCAUCCAGAAGAUUGCGGAGGAACUUACCGGCGGUAAGAUAUGAGAUUUGGUGGAUGGACAUUUAUGUACAAAUAAGAUCAUUAUAAGGUUGAGGCCAAACGUCCCUCAUGUCAUUGUUAGCUUUCGCAGACGACGAUUCACUGCAGAUACUAGCAGAAAGAGUACCUUCGUAGAGCCAAACGG